GAAGAGGUGCCACUUGGCGGCCAUGGCAGCUGUAGUAUCCGUGGCUUUGGGUCAAGGCCCGGCGGAAUGGAGUAAUAUGGGCAGCAUCGGAUAUAGGGCAGAGACAGCUUUGUAUCAGCUUCGCUGCUGAACCCCUGAGCCCAUCGUUAGAGAGCUGCAGGACUCUUUCCUAUUUUAGACUCGGAGGAGAGUUUCCCGGGACUGGUGGGCUGGUCCCAGCCUAAGGGGGACUGCCCCAGGGACGUAGGGGCACAGGGAGAAAGAACAAGUUUGCUUGGAUUUUCCUCCUUUUCCACCUGGGACGUUGUCUGUGGAGGGAGUGGACUGAUUUUUCCACCAUCCCGCGACUGAAGAAAUCUCCCGCAUACCUUUAACUGCUAACCGUAGGGAAUCCAAUGACUGGCCUCUGAAAACGCAGGGGCUGGCACCUGAGAUUGCUGAAAGUUCUCUCUGGUGCUAAGAUCAGCAAAAGGGGGCUAUUUCCAGGUGCGUUCCAGAGAAAGGGGUUUCGUGAACACAUCUGCUGGUGGGGAGGACAAAGAACUGGCAAGUCCACUUGUUCUCUUGGAAUCACCACACGCGUUUAAGGACCUCCGGACCCUUUGAAGCCACUGAAAAUUUGUAGUCUGGUGGCUGUGGGUAAAUAAAGGAGGACAGAAUGGAUGAUUUCAUCUCCAUUAGUCUGCUGUCUCUGGCUAUGUUGGUGGGAUGUUACGUGGCUGGAAUCGUUCCCUUGGCUGUUAAUUUCUCUGAGGAGCGGCUAAAGCUGGUGACAGUUUUGGGAGCUGGCCUUCUCUGUGGAACUGCACUGGCAGUCAUCGUGCCCGAAGGAGUACAUGCACUUUAUGAAGAUAUUCUUGCGGGUAAACACCACCAAGUGAGUGAAACACAGAAUGUGAUUGCAUCAGACAAAGCAGCAGAAAUACCAGUUGCCCAUGAACAUGAGCACAGCCAUGACCACACACAGCUGCACGCCUACAUUGGCGUUUCCCUUGUGCUGGGCUUCGUUUUCAUGUUGCUGGUAGACCAGAUUGGCAGCUCCCAUGUGCAUUCUACUGACGAUCCAGAAACAGCAAGGCCCAGCAAUUCCAAAAUCACCACCACCCUGGGUCUCGUUGUCCAUGCUGCAGCGGAUGGAGUGGCCUUAGGAGCAGCAGCCUCUACUUCACAGACUAGCGUCCAAUUAAUUGUGUUUGUGGCAAUAAUGCUACAUAAGGCACCAGCUGCUUUUGGGCUGGUUUCCUUCUUAAUGCAUGCUGGCCUAGAACGGAAUCGAAUCCGGAAACACUUACUUGUCUUUGCACUGGCAGCACCAGUUAUGUCCAUGGUGACAUACUUAGGACUAAGUAAGAGCAGUAAAGAAGCCCUUUCAGAGGUCAAUGCCACUGGAGUGGCCAUGCUUUUCUCUGCCGGGACAUUUCUUUAUGUUGCCACAGUACAUGUCCUCCCUGAGGUGGGCGGAAUGGGGCACAGCCACAAAUCCGACCCCACUGGCGGGAGGGGCCUCAGCCGCCUGGAGGUGGUCGCCCUGGUCCUGGGUUGCCUCAUCCCCCUCAUCCUGUCAGUAGGGCACCAGCAUUAAACGUCGGAUUCUGCCUUGGCUGUUUGCCGUCCUGGGAGGACAGCCAGCACGGGACAGCUGCUCACUCCCUCGGUCUCUUGUCUCACCUUGCCCAUCUCCACCCAUAUUCCUAGAGUCCAGAGGGAGGUGAGAUUAAAACCUGGAGCAAUGGAAAGCUUUUAGAAUAGAAACAACACUUUGCGACUGGACACAGACAUUCCGUUGUGUUGUUUUUUUAAAGGGCCCUUGGCAUUUUGAGUUUUGAUGUUUCUCUUAACCCUAUUCUCAGGGAAGAUGAGAUUUCAUUUUAAGGAAAAGUGGACAACUUCAUACUCACAGUGAAACAGUAAUUAUGAAAGUACAGUGUUCCAUAAUUAAGCUAAAUCUCUUUCUUGGUUUAGAGGCUCUGCCACUUACUUUGUCCAUUG